AUGAUUCCCGCCCAGCCUCCGCCGCCAUCAGACGGCGACGCCGCGGCCGAUCCCGACGCCGCGGCCGAGGCACGGCGGCAGCAGCUCGACGAGGCAAACCUUGGCGUUGUCUCCGAAGAGCUGUUUGUGUCCUUCGAGGCCGCCGCGGAGACGCCCGGUCUGCCUCACCCAGCGGACGUGGCCGAGCCCGCGUCUCUCGCCGCCACGCCGCCACCGCAGUGCACGUACCCGCUGCUGGACGCCCUGCCGUCGAACCUCGUCUCCUCUGGGGCGCUCUCGUCGCUGCAGCUGCAGUUUGUUGGCCUGGCCUGCCAGCGGCACCUCACGGUGAUGCCGACCGACCCGCCGACACGAGCCGGCUUCUUCCUCGGCGACGGCGCCGGGGUUGGCAAGGGCCGGCAGCUCGCCGCGGUCAUCCUCGACUCGCUCGCGCGCGGGAGGCCGCGGCACAUCUGGUUCUCGUCGAGCGCCGACCUGCGGAACGACGCCAUCCGCGACCUCACCGACCUCGGCUGCCACUGCCCCGCGGGCGUCCUCUUCUCAACCUAUGCCACGCUCGCGCGCGGCUCGUCCCGCCUCUCCCAGCUGGUGGCCUGGUGCGGCGGGCUAGCCUUCGACGGCUGCUUGCUCUUCGACGAGUGCCACAAGGCCAAGAAUUGGACGGGCAAGGAGGAGACGUCGAGCAAGGUCGCGGCGGCGGUGCGCGAGCUGCAGCGCGCCUUGCCGCUCGCGCGAGUCGUCUACUGCUCUGCGACGGGCGCGAGCGACUCGGGCCUGAGCCUGGCAUGCACAACUACCUGCCUCUGCGCCGAGUUCGAGCUCAAGGAGGCGCCGCUCUCGGCCGAGCAGGCCUCCGCCUUCGACGCGGCCGCCGCGUUCUGGUCGCAGCAGCUGCUGCCGGCGCUCGAGGCGGCGGCGGAGCGGACGGGCGCGCAGGCGGGGGCGACCGUGCGCGCCUUCUGGGGCGCGCACCAGCGCUUCUUCCGCCAGCUGUGCGUGGGCUUCAAGGUGCCGGCACUUGUUGCCGAGGUCCGCGCCGCCCUCGGCAGCGGCAGCUGCGUCGUGGUCGGACUCCAGUCGACGGGCGAGGCGGCGCUCGAGCGAGUGGGAGAUUCGGCCUCCGGCGAGCUCUACUCGCUCUGCGCAGAGAUGCUUCGCUCCUUCAUCGCGCACAACUUCCCGACCACCCGCCACGCCGACAAGGAGCUCGCAAAGUCGCUCGCAAAGGCCGAGGCGGCGGCCGCGCGCGCCAUCGAGGCGCACGCCGCCGCGCGCGCCGCAGCGGCGCGACCAGAGGCGUCGCGUUCCGCCACAGCGCGGGCCGAGGCGGCGGAGGCGGUGCGCGGUGCCGCCGCUAUGGCGGCGGCGGCGGCGGCGGCGGUGCAGCGGCUUCGGGCCGAGGCGGCGGCGGACGCGGAGGCGGCGGGGCAGGCCGACCCAGAGUGCGAGGUGGCAAAGGCGCGGCUGCUGCAGGCGGCCGCCGAGCUCGAGCUUCCCCCGGCGGCGCUCGACUUGCUCAUCGACGAGUGCGGCGGCGCGGCGGCGGUGGCGGAGAUGACUGGCCGGAAGGCGCGGGUGGCGCUCAACGUGACGGAGCGCAACGCCUUCAUGGACGGCAAGAAGCUCGUCGCAGUCAUCUCCGACGCCGCAUCCACCGGCAUCUCGCUGCACGCCGACGCGAGGAGCGCCAACCAGCGGCGGCGCGUCCACAUCACGCUCGAGCUUGCUUGGUCGGCCGACAAGGCGGUGCAGCAGCUCGGCCGCUCGCACCGCGCCAACCAGACUUCGGCGCCGCGGUACGUCCUCCUCUGCACGGACGUGGGGGGCGAGGCGCGCUUCGGCUCGAGCGUCGCGCGCAAGCUGGAGGCGAUGGGUGCCCUCACCAAGGGCGACCGGCGCGCCGAGAUCGGCUCGCUCGACACCUUGGACGUGGACACCGCGCCAAGCUCGCUCGACACCUUCAAUCUGGACACCGCGUGGGGCCGCAAGGCGCUCAAGGCGCUGCUCGCCGCCGCCUACGCGGGCGACAGCUCGGUGCUGCCGCACCUCGCGGCGGACUCGGCCGCCAUCGAGCAGCUCUUCGACCUCUUUGCGGCCGCGCUGCGGGAGGUGGUCUCGGCGGCAAAGCGCGACGGCCGGUACGACGCCGGCGUCGCCGACAUCUCCGCCGGCGCCCGCCUCCUCGAGCCGGAGGCGCUGAUCUGGCGCGACCCAAUCACCGGGGCGAGGGCGCACGCGGCGACCGUCGAAGUGGACCGGGGCGUCUCGUUUGCCGACGCACUCUCGAAGCUGCGCUCUUGGCGAGCGGCCGCCGCCGCCGCCAAGCGCAACACCGACGGCGGCGACGCGGCGGCGGACAGCCGCGAGGGCGGCGGGGCGGAGGAGGGCGGCGGGGUGGAGGCCGGCGAGGAGGAGGCUUGCGUGGAGGAGGCCGGAGAGGAGGCCGCUCCGGCCGCUGCCCGAAGCGGCGAUGUGGAGGACGGGGAGGAGGAGGAGGGCGAGGGCGAGGGGGAGGAGGAGGGGGGAGGCAUCUUCCGCAGCCGCAGGCCGCAGUACGGCGAGCACCUGCUGCUGCUCGCGCUGCCGAAGGCGCGCGAGCCGCACAUGGCCGUGCUCACGCGUCCAAACACCGGCCUCAGCCUGUACGAGGAGGCGUGGACAGACCUGCACCGAAAGUACGCGCGGGUGCUGCCGCCCUCCGCAGCAGAAGCCGACUGGACGGCCGCGUACAACGGUGCGUGCAACGAGCGCAUCGGCGGCCGGCUGACACGCAUCCAGCUCAUCACCGGCUCGACGCUGCCGAUGCUGCCCGUGCUCGAGGAGGUUGCCAAGAAGCACAGCGCCAACCUGACGGCGCGCGACCGCGCCGUCGGCGCGGUCCGCGUCAUCCUCGAUGGGCGGCGGCUGCUCGGCGUGCGGUUCGCGCGCUCGUGCAUGGCCGACCUCAAGGAGGAACUUCUCAAGUGGAACCUGGCGCGCGGAGCGACGCACCGCAAGGUCGAGACGGAGCCGGCCGCACCCGUCGACCCGAAGGCACUCGCUCGCGCGCUGCGCCCGCCCGCCACCAUCACCUCCUUCUUCGCGGCGAGGCCCGCGUCGCAAGCGGCGGCACCGGCCGGCACCGGCACCGGCGGCAAGCAGCCCGCAGGCGGCAGGGGCGGCGCUGGCGCGGGCGGCAAGAAGCGCAGCGUCCUCGACAUGAUGAAGGGCUCGUCCUCAUCCUCGUCGGCGGCGGCGUCGUCGGCUUUGGCGGCGGUGCCCAAAGCUACCAAGGCCCCCAAGGCGUCAGGCGGUCUCGACGUGCGCAGCUUCUUCACGUCAAAGUCGGCCGACUCGGGCCCCCGCUCGCCGGCAACUCGCCCGAGCUCGGAGGAGCCCAUCGACCUCACUUCGCCAGGCGGCGACUGA